GUUCUAGACAUUUGAGAACGCUAAAUGAUUUAAAAACAAGAGGUCUUAGCUUAGAUGAAUGUCGUUCCCUUCAAAGUUAUCUUAAAGAUGUAAAAUUAGAAAUUACAUCAUAUGGAAAAAGAAGACAAAUCACCAUCAGCAGAUUAUCACAUGAAAGUGCUGCUAAUUUAAAAGUUAAUAAAAACGAUCGAAAUUCUCAAACUAUUCAGCAAUAUUUUAAAAGUCGGUGGGAUUAUGAAUUGCAAUAUCCUAAAUUACCUUGUAUCGGUGUAUACAAUCGAAAUCUAAAAAAGGAUGAUUAUUACCCAAUCGAAGUUUGCGAAAUUGUUAAAGAUCAAAAAUUUGAAGAAAAAGAAUGGAAACCACUUUCUGAAGAUACACGAAGACAAGUUGUUCGCAAAACAUGGUUAAAGAGAAUGUUCAAUUAUAAAAAUUUUAUAUUAUAA